AUGAAUAAUUCUAAUAUCUUGUACUUCAUGAUUGUAAUUGCGUCGCUGAUGCUAGUCGACUUAACCACAACAGUUAAGAGUGGAGAAGCUUCAGAGGAAGAUCUAGUUGACGAUACUUGCCUUGGUUGCAUUUGCGAUGCAAUUAGCAAUUGUAAUGUAACGACAACUUGUAAUUCCAAGGCUUGUGGGCUUUUCCGUAUCACUUGGAUUUAUUGGGCUGAUAUGGGUAAAAUGACGGUGAAUGGAGAAUCUCCAGAUUCACCAACAGCCUUCGUUAAUUGCGUUAGCGAUCCUUACUGUGCAACACGUUCUGUCCAAAAAUAUAUGCGAACAUAUAAACAAGAUUGCAAUGGAGAUGGCAAAAUUGAUUGCUACGAUUUUGCUUCGAUUCACGUGUUGGGUGGACGUGGCUGCCCAGCUCGCAUUUGGGGACAUUACGAUAGAACAGUAAAACAAUGUUUGAAGGCUUAUUCUUACGAUAUUGAUACUGACUAUUUGGAGGAUCAAACGACAUUAAUAAUGCAAAAUGAUGACUUCAAAUCGGAUGAAAUAACUACCGAAGAAGUUCCACAAACUACUGAAAUUGGUCAAGAAGCUACUACUGAAAUGGAACAAGUCUUUCAAACAGAAGAUUUUCAUGAAGUCUUCAACCAAGCUACUGAGGACAGUAAUCAACAUACUGAAGAUUUCAACAAAAACAAGGAAAAAUCUUCUUUGAAAGCUUUAACAAAGCUACCACCGUUAGCUCUUCUGGGAUACUUACGUCCAAAAGUGAACACGACAACUGCUUCUCCAAUUAAAAGUAAAUUAGACAAUGAUGAAAAAGGCUUUAGUUCAAAAACAAUACUUGAUACCGAGAAUGCAUCGCUAGUUCCUGAAGUUGAUAUUGCUUCCAGAUUUAGCGACGAAAGCAUCUCCUCAGUUGUUUUAGAGGGACCUAAUGGAAGUGAUAAUUCCCAAUUGAAAAACCCGCCUGUAGAGAUCAGUCAAGUGCUUUUUUCCAAAUUGGAUCAAAUGGAGAAAAAUAAUGAUGAUUAUAGGAACAGAGAACUGAGACUCCAAGAAAAAUUUCUCGAAGCAUUUAUCAAUCAAAAUCGCAUUGAUGAAGAAAGAAAUAAAAUUUUCAACGAAAUGGCCAAUAAUAAAGGAUCUGAUGGAAAUAAUGGAAUAACACAGUUGGAAAGGAGAGCACUUCGAAGAAGGCAAGAUCGUUUAUUCAAUAAAAUAGAGCAAAUGGAAGAAUCUGAAAAUGAACAUAUGGAGAAAAAUUUGAAAUUCCAAGAAGCAUUUCUUGAAGCAUUUAUGAAAAAAACUUCCACUGAAAAUGAAAGAAAUGAAUUUUUGAAACAGAUUGCUAAGAAUAAUAAACAAUCUGAUAUUGCACCAAAUUAUUUCUUAUUGUAAAUCAAAAAAAAAAUCUAAAAUUAAA